GCCAAUCGGCUGCGGGGAGGGGUGGGACUUCCUGCCAGGGGGCCGGAACGGCUCUGUCGCCGGUGUCACCGUGGUCCCGGCUCGCGUGGUGGCGGCAGUGGCAGCGGCGUCUCCGUGAGGAGGCGCGCGGGGACAUGACGUCAGCGUCCACAAAGGUUGGAGAGAUUUUCUCCGCGGCCGGCGCCGCCUUCACGAAACUCGGGGAGCUGACGAUGCAGCUGCAUCCCGUGGCCGAUUCUUCCCCCGCGGGUGCCAAGUGGACCGAGACGGAGAUAGAGAUGCUGAGGGCUGCUGUGAAGCGGUUUGGGGACGAUCUUAAUCACAUCAGCUGUAUCAUCAAGGAACGGACAGUGGCACAGAUAAAGACCACAGUGAAACGCAAGGUCUAUGAAGACUCCGGUAUCCCCCUUCCUGCUGAAUCACCCAAGAAAGGGCCCAAGAAGGUGGCAUCUGGUGUCUUGUCCCCUCCUCCAGCCGCCCCUCCACCUGGCAGCUCCAGUGUCCCUGAGGCUGGGCACCCCCCAAUAAAGAAACAGAAGGCUGAUGUGACACUGAGUGCUCUGGCUGACUCCGAUGGCAACAGUGACCUGGUGGAUAUUGAAGGGCUCGGAGAAACUCCUCCAGCCAAGAAACUCAACUUCGACCAGGACAGCCUGACACUGGGUUCUGGCCUUCUCGUGACCUCCACUGAUCCUCCUCGGCUCUCUCGAUGAGUCUUCCACCUCCGACCCCUCUCACUGUUCACCCUGGACCUGUGGAUCACCUGGGACUUUGAGCAAGGCCUGUGUGAGAAAGGGUUGAAAGGCUGCUGGGACUGUUGACCUCAGAGUUCUGCAUAAGCAUCUGCCCCCAACCCCUGUGACCUCCAACCGACAGACAUUUUUAUACAGAAAACUAUGAAUAAAGCUUUUCCUCUCA